CACCGCAAACGGGAGCACGGCACGGCACGGCACGGCAAAGCACCGCGAGGCCUCGGACGUCCAUCCCGCGGAAGAGCACCACGAGCGCUUGAUCGAUCGAUCGAUCGAUUCAUACAUACAUACACACACAUAUAUACAUACUUCUGUAUCUGGAAACGCACCGCAUCCCGUUUCCCCGCCCGGGAGAGAACCACGCAUACACUCAAACCUGCACACACUACACCGCAAGGCAACAACCACCAUGAGCUUCCCGCGAAAAAACUUUCGCAGGUUCUACCGCGAGACGACGAUAAAGCAGAAGGCCUCCCGGAACGAGCGGUUGUCGGGCCGGAAGCGGAGGAACCUCUUCCUAAUGGUCCUCGUCCCGGUCCUGGUAUCCCUCGGGAUCGCGACCAACGCCCUCCUGCUCAACCUGGGGGACCUCGGGCUCGGGGGAACGGACAACUCGUACGCGACCAGCCCCCUCCUGUCGAUCCCCGUGUCCAGGCCCUGGUGCGAGACGGUCCGGGAGGCCCGGGACGGACUCUCCCUGCAAAAACUGCACGUCUCCUACCCCUGCGAGGGCCUCAAGCCCGCCGUCUCGGCGAUCGUCUGCAUGCUCACCGACGGGGCGACCACGGAAAAGGCCAACCGGAUCGUCUUCUCGGCGAGGGACUACAUCAACGGAGCGAUGAGCCUGGGGGCCUCGCUGGAGGGGAGGAUCGACCCCUCCAGGACCCACAUGCUCCUGCUCCUCAGGCAGGGAUUCGAGCUGGAACGAGACGACCUCGUCCGGCUCGAGUCGGUGGGAUGGACGAUCGGGACCGCCCCGGACUUUCCACUCCCGAAAAAAUACCUCCCCCGGUUCCCCAGAUACAAAACGACCUACACCAAGGUCUCCGCCAUUGGCCUCAGCGAGUACGAGUGCGUCAUGCUCAUGGACGCCGACACACUGGCCGUGGGGGACCUCACCGACGUCAUGGAGUGCGGGACGGUCUUCCGGCACCCAAACAACCGGGUGGCCGGGACCAUCGACUGGUACCGCAUGGGAUGGAAGCUCUUCAACACGGGAAGCAUCCUCUGGAAAACAGACGCAAGGGAGAUGGAGCGGGUCUUCAACCUCACGGAGGACCCCUCCUUCAUGAAGCGCUACGGGAGCGACCAGGACUUUCUCAACAACGUCUACCCCGACCGGCUCCACAACACGACGCUCAACGAGGAGAUCGUCGCCCUGGACAACGCCGAGGCCCGGUCCGCCGCCGCCGCGAGCGGGAGCAAGCUCUCCCCGGUCGUCCCGCACGGGCCCGCCUCGGCCGGGGCCGUCGUUCCCCUCUCGUGGGACUACAACGCGCAGACCCACGCCGAGGUCCAGAACCCUGGCUUCUGGACCUCCCACCGGCCCACGGCGAAGAUCCUCCACUUUACGGAAAAGAAGGGCUGGCAGUGCGAGCGCACCACGGAGGAACCGGUCCCCCCCGAAAAAAUGCCCGAGAAGUGCAAGAAGGAGCUUCCUAUUUGCUUCUGCCGGGAGGCCCACCUGUACUGGAGGGCCCUGGAGAGGGCGGAGGCCCUGGCGGCGACGGCUCUGGCCGCCGCGGGCGGGGGGGCCCGGUAGGGCCGGCAGCCCCGGAGAGGCGCAGGGGGCACCACCGAUCGGUGCUGGCCCUCGGAACCAGCCAGCCCCUUCCCGGCCAACACGUGGCCCGUUCGCGACACCCACCCGGGCGGUGGAACCGAACCGCCGGUGGCAGCUGGGGCUCCGGCACCCUGCACACGGGACGCGGAUGCUCUUUCGCAGUAGGUUCUCGUAGACGAAUUAAUUAGAUUUUGGAUUCAUGCGCAGGUGUGCCAUAGCAUACUACCGUACCGUACCGCAGGACCAAGGCGGAUCGGAACAACACACGUCCUCGCUGAAAGCCGUCGGGACGACCGGUUCUUUCCGUCCGUCACAACAGCAACCAAUCCCGUCGCCAAGCUUAUAAUGCACGAUUCUGCUUGCCUACACAGUUGUUCUCGAACGAUUGCUCGGCAAAGACAGGGGUCUACUACGCAUUGGCACGGUAUCACCUUAUAAACGGCACGCAUAAAUAUCUUAGAUGUCC